AUGUCCUGCACAGAGCAGUGCCAGCCCUGCUGUCCCUGCGGGCCCACCCCGCUGGCCAACAGCUGCAAUGAGUGCUGUGUCAGGCAGUUGCCCGGGCCCAUCCUCAGCUCCUUCCCACAGAACACCGCCGUGGGAUCCUCCACCUCCGCUGCCGUUGGCAGCAUCCUCAGCUGUGACGGAGUGCCCAUCAACUCCGGGGGCUUUGACCUCUCCUGCAUCACCAGCCCCUACUGUGGCACAAGGUGUCCCCACUCCUAA